AUGUCGGUCAACAAGACGUUCCUCCUCCUGCUGCUGCUCUCGGUCGACGCCCUGGCGGCUUACAUGUCUAUUUUCCGUCCGCCUGCACAUUCCGUGCGUCACUCCAAGUUCGCCUCCAGGGACCUCUCCAGCCAGAAUUAUGGCCGCUUCAGCAGGAGUUUUUCCGGAUCCUACAAUGUACAGCCGCCAUACCCUUUUGAACAGGAGCCACUCUACCCUGUUGCACAGGAACCACUCUACCCAGUUGCACAGGAGCCACUCUACCCAGUUGCACAGGAGCCACUCUACCCAGUUGCACAGGAGCCACUCUAUCCUGCUACACAGGAGCCACUCUACCCUUUUGAACAGGAGCCACUCUACCCUUUUGAACAGGAGCCACUCUACCCUUUUGAACAGGAGCCACUCUACCCUGUUGCACAGGAACCACCCUACCCUUUUGAACAGGAGCCACUCUACCCUUUUGAACAGGAGCCACUCUACCCUGCUGCACAGGACCUGGUUUAUCCUUCUGCUGAACUGCCGCUGUACUCUACUACUACCCAGGAGCCACUCAACCUUUCUACAAAGGAAGCUUUCAAUUCUUCAAAUACCCAGCCACUAAUCCCAGAGUCAGACACGAGAGUUUUCAAGUCACCAGUUUCUAAGCAUAAGGAAGUAUUAUCACUAAUCAAUGAAUACGUUGGUGGACCCGCGUCCAGGAAGCCCCGAUCCACACCUGAGUGGAGGAUUCUGAUGAAGGCGUUUGAGGCCGUCUGGAGCAAGGAAUGGAUUACUACGUCGCUCGCUAGGUACGAGCCUUCGAAGGGGACCUGGGCGUACUUCUCCUGA